UUUCUGAAGAUUAUGUCGGGUAUCGGCUUGGCUUGCUUGGUGACUGCCAGCAGGGGGCAACCUUCAAUUCACAGUCGCCUUUAGCGUGCUAAUCGCUGGCCGAGAAGGCACGUCCGGCUGUCACGUGACAAGGGCUUCGUCAUUUGCGGAAGUGUUCCGAUCUGCUUUAUGACAGGUUACAUGCUGUCCAAGUUUGGGACUGUGACUAUUUUUUUUUUAUUUUGUUGUGUUUCAAUGGUAAAGCAAUGAUAACAGAGCGACAAGACAGCUCGCUUGCAGCCCUGGGCGUAGGCGUUGCUGUGGUUUCCAGUUUAAUCAAUGGGUCAACUUUUGUGCUCCAGAAGAAAGGGAUUCAGCGCGCACAACAAAAAGGAGUUUCAUAUUUAGUGGAACAUUUUUGGUGGACUGGCACUAUUGCUAUGGCUUUAGGUCAGAUUGGGAACUUUUUGGCAUAUAACAUGGCUCCAGCUGCAUUGGUUACGCCAUUAGGAGCUCUGGGUGUUCCAUUUGGAUCACUGCUAGCAGUUUAUAUGAUACAAGAAAAAGUUGGAAUUCUUGGAAAACUUGGCUGUUUGCUGACUUGUGUGGGUUCUAUUAUUCUGAUUAUUCAUGCACCUAAAUCCAACAGUGUUACCUCGAGAUUGGAGCUUGAAGAAAAAUUGAGCAAUCCAGUUUUCCUGUGCUACCUCUUUAUUGUCUUGUUGCUCCUAUGUGUGCUGAUAUUCUGGAUAGCCCCAGCUCAUGGAUCAAAGAAUAUAAUGGUCUAUAUCAGUAUCUGUUCUUUGCUGGGUAGUUUUACUGUACCCUGCAGCAAAGGCCUGGGACUCACUGCUCAGGACUCCUUUAACAAUGACACAUCUGAUGAAAAAGCUCUCUUUUUAUUUUUUUUAUUUUUAUGCACAUUAUUGCUAAGCAUCCUCAUUCAGUUUAUUUACAUUAACAAAGCACUAGAAGUGUUUGAUUCCAGUAUAUUUAGUGCCAUUUAUUAUGUGACAUUUACCUCAAUAUCCAUCUUGGCAUCUUCUAUACUUUUCAGGGAGUGGAAAACUGUUGGAGCUAUAGAUUUCAUAGGCAUUUUAUGUGGCUUCACCACAGUAUCUGUGGGGCUUUUUCUUUUAAAGGUGUUCAAAGAUUUACAUCUGAGCUGGAAGGAUGCACAGAAGGUUUCUGCUAAGAUCGAUUGAAAUACUAAUGGGAAUAAAAAGUAUCGUUUGAUAAAUUACAAAAAGUACUAAGUUAUCAUUUUUUAUUGUUUUGUUAUUGAAUUAUAUGAUGCUCCAUUCUAACACUUAACUUUGUGACUUGGACCAUCUACAACAAAGGAGAAUCACUGUAAAUUUACUAACUCUCACACUGUGGAUGCUUGAAUGAUGCACAACUGUCAAACCACUUCUUGAAGGAAGUGUACAGUACUACAUAUAGUUGUAUGAACAAACAUUUUGAGCAGUCUUCUUUUUUGCAGAGGAAAUAACACAGACUACAGCAAAUUUGUUAAGUGAUACUGUGCUUUCUGGUUUUAUUUGGUAUUUGAGGUAGUCAAAAUAUAUCUGAAAUUGAUUCCAGCUCCUGGAGGUACAGUCCUCAAGAAUAUGAUAUUUCCACCACUUGAUGUUUUUCGUCUUCCCACAAAGAUAAUAAUGUGCCAUUUUGUAUGUGUCUUAUUGAUUAUAAUUAUUCCUACUUGAAUGGGAAAAGAGUCAUUUAAUUUUUUUUAAUUGGGUAGCUAGUUUUGCUGCCUCACAGCUCCAAGAAGGCGGUGCUUGAAUCCCAAAUCCCCACUUUCUGUUAUUUCUAUACUUGCAUAGGGUCAACCCCCAUAUCCAAAAGACAUGCAGGUUAGGCUGAUUUGAAACUCUGAACUGGUCUGGUAUGAGUGAGUUUGGGUGUUUCUUUGGUUGGUUCCACCCUUAUGUAGUGGCUGGGAUAGACUGUAGCUCAUACAAACUAUGAUUGGACAAAGGGGGUUCAGAGAAUGGUUGGAUGAAUGGGUGCUAUAUUAUUUUGGGAUCCCCAUCCACAUGCAUCAAACCAUAAGUACUAUAUUCUUUUUCUUUUGUAAAUUUUAAUGUGAUGUAAUGUAAACAGUCUACAAUUCAAAACAAAAGUAACUUUGAACAGGUGGCACACAACCACUCCAUCCCAAGUUGAAGUCAGAGCAUUUUAGAAGUGGAAUUAUUGAAACCAAAUUAUCUCCAUCUCCUUAAUCAGUAUAGUCAGGUGGCAUAUAGUGGGAUUGAAUCGUGAAGAAAAAUUAAACUACGUGCCAACUCAUCUCAACUAUCCUAAAGUUGACAGUAGGCAUUGUAGGAUGAUAAAACUAUGGGUUCCUUUAAGAUACUUUUUAAAGGUUGUGGAGUAGAAUUUUGAAGACAAAACUGCAUAAUGUCAUGGAGCACAGAGUUACACCCAUAGGAUGCCAGUUGAAGGCUUUCUCUGAUAUGUGAAAUCAAGCAAGUCACCUAAGCUGUGUGUGCUCCUAAUGUAUAAAAUGUUUGUAAAAAAUGUGACCAAGUAAGUCAUCUUGGAUAAAGUUAUUAGUUAAAUAUAUAAUAGUAAUAAAAAAAACAUCUUGUUUUGUAUUUUCCUUUUUGAAUGCUUAUCUAAGAAUCUGUUAUGUCAUUGUACUUGGAAAACUGUGUAAUGAUGAAUUAAUCUCUAAGUUUUUUCUUUCUUAUUGUAACAUUAUACUAGUCAACAAUUUUAUUUGUAUUUUAAUAACCAUAAAUCAUUCAUUCAUAAUAAUAACUUCUUUUUAUAUGUGUGUGCUUAUAAGUACAGUAAAUACAUUUAAAUGUAUCUAAACUAAACAGAGUGAGCUUUUUCUCCAAUAUGUUUACAGUUAUUAAUGGAUUGACUAUCUCUUUAUUGAUAACUAACUGGUGUUGCUUGAGCGUGCAUAAAAAUGUAAUAUUUCCUUUA